AUGGACGAGGACCAGACCAAGUGUUUAGAAGACGCAAUUUCUGUAGUUAAAGACGAGUCGUAUCAUAUGCAGAGGGCUCUUGAUUCUAAUAACUUGAAUGAGGCUUUAAAGCAUGCUUCUAAUAUGAUAGGUGAACUUCGCACUUCAUUAUUAUCUCCGAGGUCUUAUUAUGAGCUCUACAUGCAGGUUUUUGAUCAACUGAGCAGAAUUGAGGCGUUUUUCAGAGAAGAGUCCCGCAGGGGUACAAGAAUUGUAGAGCUUUAUGAGAAAGUCCAGCAUACCAUCAGCAUUCUUCCCAGACUUUACCUCUUAAUCACUGUAGGCUCAGUAUAUAUACAAACCAAAGAGCUCCCAGCCAAGGAUAUAUUGAAAGACCUCAUUGAAAUGGUAAAAGGUGUCCAACAUCCACUAAGAGGGCUGUUCUUAAGAUAUUAUCUUAAUAAAGUGUGUAAGGACAAGCUUCCUGAUAAAGGCUCAGAUUUUGGAGAUGGAGAUGUCACUGAUUCAAUUGAUUUUUUGGUGCAGAAUUUGUCUGAAAUGAACAGACUUUGGAUCAGAAUGCAGCAUACAGGGUCUGUGAAGGACAAAACAAAGAGAGAAAAAGAAAGAAAUGACUUGAGAGUGACUGUAGGAGAAAAUAUCAAUAGAUUGUCAAGCUUACAAGGAGUUAAUAUUGAUGUAUAUCAAGAAUUAGUGCUCCCUAAGAUAUUAGAGAUUGCCGUUUCGAAUAAAGAUGCUAUUUCUCAGCAAUACCUGAUGGAUUGCAUUAUACAGGCGUUUUCUGAUGAUUUCCACGGCUGCAUGAAUUUCGCCCAGCACUUUUUUGAAGUCACUCAGAUACACAAAUUUUCCAAAUAUUUUUGAUAGUCAGACAUCUACUCAGCAAGAUUGUUAAUUUUUUUUAAAAAAAUAUUGAUAAAAAAAUUUACCUCUCAAUUGUCACCGGAUUUCCACCUACAUACACUUCAGCCUCUGCUAGAAGCUUGCAGCAAUUUGCAGCCAACUGUAGAUAUCCAAUCCAUUGUGAUUACUCUUCUUAACAGACUUUCAGACUAUGCAGGAGAAGCAGAGCUUGAAGUUGUGCAAAGAAUUGACAUUUUUGGCUUAAUUAAGGCUUACAUCGAUAAAGUUGUUUCCGAUCAAGAAAGUUCUCUUGAUACAAAAAAGCUUCUUUUAUUACAAGUCGCUUUUAUGAAGCUCUCACUGAAGUGUUACUCAUUAAAUACAAACAACGUUAACACUAUCCUAGAAUCUUGCGUUUCACUUAUUGACAAAAGUACCCCAGAAAACAGAAUCCAUCCUGAAUCUCUUAAAUCGAUAGUCAAGCUCCUUUCUUUCCCAUUAGAAACUUUAUCAUUCGCUAUUUUAACUCUAAACAACUAUCCAAAACUAAUGACUUAUCUGCCGUUUUCUUCAAGAAAGCAAGUCGCCUUCAAGAUUGUUCAGUCAGUGGUUGUGAGCAAGAAAAGUCUUGAUACGCUUGAAACAACAACUCAGCUGCUUGAAUUUGUGUCACCUUUGCUAUUUGAUACAAGUGACUCAGAAGAAGGAGCUGAUGCUUAUGAGUUUGAAGAUGAACAAAACACUAUUGCAAAGCUUUCUCAUCUUGUAAAGUCAGCUGAUCUUGAUACUCACUACAAAAUACUGAGUCUUCUUAAGCAGAGGUUUUCGCAAGGAGGGGAUAAAAGAAUAAAAUACACUUUCCCAUCACUUAUAUUUGCUUAUAUUAAUUUCGCUAAACUUUUGAAUGCUUCUGAAGAUAGCUGGAAUACUCAUCUGGAGCAAGUGCUCGAAGUCUUGCUCUCCCCUUUAAUUGGAGCAAAAAUUUAUUCCAAUUUAAAGCAGGGUUAAUUUUUCUUCAAUAAAAAAAUUUUUUUAAAACUUUUAAUAUUUUUGAAUUUAAUUUUAAUCAAAAAUUUUGCAGUUUUCCCAUUAAGUCAAAACUAAUCUUAUAAAAAUUUAUGUUCGUCUAUAAAAUUUCCUAUUGGAAUUACAUUUUAAAAAGGCUAAAUUUCCAAAAAAAAUGAAAUAUUUCCCUAUAUUUUGUUCAUUUAAAUAGGGGAGUUAGCAGAAUUAGUAAGCAAAACCUCAGAAAAUAACCCUGAUCUUGCCCUUAAGCUGAAUCUGCAGUGCUUACAGCUAAUAAAUCAAUUCAAAAAUAAUAAAUACCAGCACACAGCUCUUGAAUUUGUAGAGCAAGCAUUUUAUGUUUAUAAAGAAGAACUCGCUGAUUCGUAUGCAAAACAUGCAGCCAUUGAUUUAAUAUGUGCAACUUUGGUGACAUUAAAUUGUUUUGAUGACGACACUUCAGAUUCUCUUGUUAAAUUAUGCACUCAGCAAGCACUUAGACAGUUUAAGAAGCAUGACCAAUGCACUGGAUUAAGCUCUUGCACCCAUUUAUUUUAUAAUGAAUUCAACCAAAAUGAAAGAAUCAUCAGCGACUGCUUACUCCCCAGUUGGCUAGAGAAAAAAUUUUUCCUUCUUGAGGAUUAUCAUUUUUAAAAUGCUUUAGAUUAUAUAUAAAAAAAUUAAAAAAUCAAAAUUUGAAUGAAAUCUAUUAAUUUAUAAAUUAAUGCUUACUCCCCCCCCCCCCCUCCGUGAGCGAACAAAACCAUUAGAAAAAUCGCCAUUUUUUGACCAAAAACCCACCCUCCGUGAGUGAACAAAAAUUUUUUUAAUAGAAAAAAUUUUAAUGGAAAAAAAUUUUGAUAUAUAAGUGAUAAUUAGUAUAAUGAAAUCUAGAGCUAAUUCUGUUUAAUUUUAAACAAAUUGCGUUUUUAAAACAUAAAUUUUGCAAAUUAAAUUAAUAUUUGCUUCCCAAUUUUUGCAAAUUAGGAUUUUUUUAAAUUUCGAAAAAAAUAUUUUUUAUAAAAUUUAUAUAUAAAUUUUUUUUAAAAAAAAAAAAUUAACCCCCCUCCGUGAGCGAACAAAUUUUUUUGUUCGCUCACGGAGGGGGGGGGGGGAGUUAGGGAGAAUUCUGCUUUAAUUUAAUAUAGCUAGCUAGGAUCUCAUUAUUAGAAUUAUUAAUUAUAUAUCCAGCUAUUAUUUGUAAGAGGGGAUUUUCUAAUGAUUUUACUCGCUAAAAAGGGAGGGAAGUUAGGAAAAGCUGUGAAAAUUGCAGAAAUAUGCAUUACUCAUAAGAACUCAGUCAAUUUAUAUUUAACUUUGAUCAAUAAAUAUCUUUAUUAUCUUUUACAAGGGGUAAGCACUCUUGAAGAAGACUCCGUGAAUCAGCUAAUUCAGGCGACUAAAGACAGUAUUGCAACAGCUGAAAAAGAAGGAGAUAAUAGAGUUAGCAUUAAGGAUAUCAAAUCGUAUCUAAGAACUACUUUGAACUACAUCAAAGCAAGGCAACAAGAAGGAAAACUUAGCGGAAUUUCAGUUUAA